GGAAUGCAUCAGCUGUCCAGUUCCGGAAGUCAGUUUCUAUGCUGUUGUUGUUUUGUGGAAUAAAACUGCCAUAUUGGUCCGCAUCGGUUAAAUGUGCGGUUAUUGUCGGUGGCGUUUAACUGGUCAUUCAUGUAAGUAGUGCGAUGACCACCGAACGAUUUGUUGCAAUUCACAAAACGUUCCGAUGACGCUACACUGUUUCACAUGAUACGCUUUUAACGCAGCUAUUUGAAGUAUUUUGGGCGAGACACACGGUUACAAACAAUACUACCAAUAAUGGAUUACAGAAAAAGCAGAGGUGCCUUCCUAGUAUUUUGGUUUGACGUUUUUGUCAGUCAAUUUUGAGGAAGUUAUUGAUUUAAAAAUGCCACAUCUGUCCGACCUGUUUGCAGCUUCCCUCCUCCUCCUCACCUCUUUCGUUGCGUGUUUCUACUUAAGUCACAUUAUAAAUGGAGAAACCAGCUGGAUCAAUGAGGUCAGGUUUGAGAGAAGGGCUUCGCACAUCAGAAGUAUACAAACAGAAAAGCUAAUCCAGAAAAAGACACUUGGUGAUACCCGAUGCAUGCUGGCGAUAGAGAGUCGGUUUGACUGUGGCCGUGACAAGGUCCUCAGUCAGAGCCAGUGUGAAGAGCGAGGUUGUUGCUAUGCACCCCUGGACAGCACCUCAGGACCGCCAUGGUGUUUCUACCCCCAUGGCUAUGCUGGCUAUAAAAUGGGCCCCUUUACACCCUCAAAACGGGGUCAGGCUGCCACCCUCACCCGCGACAGCCCAUCGUAUCUCCCUAAAGACAUCUCUACUCUUCGCCUAGAAGUCAGAGAGGAGACCCCGGCCUGUUUGCACCUCACUAUGAAAGACCCCUCAUCUCAGAGGUAUGAGGUUCAGCUACCUGCUGGUGUUCAGCCACCCAAAAAAGUUUCCCAAACAGCUCUUUAUUCUGCUGAAUAUCAGUCUGAUCCAUUUGGUUUUACCAUGCGACGCAGAGCCAAUGGAAGAGUCCUGUGAGUUUCAUCUGCUGUUAUAUGUGUUUCUUUGUUGAGCUGUCUUCGUCUAUUUAUUGUCUUUAUAUUAUAUAUAUUCAAGCAGCCACUUGAAUGUGUAUUUUUGUCUAAAUACUUUUCCGAUUAUGAUUGGGUUUUCUCACAGAUAGUUUUAAAACGUUCCUCUGAAAUUAUAUUUCUAAACAAUAAGUAUUGCUGAACGUUAGACAAUAGCUGCAAUACUGUUUGUUUAUUUGUACAUCUUUCUGAUUCGUAUUUAUCUCAUAUUUAUUUAUUUUUGGACAUAUAGCUUUGUUUUUGGAAAUCGGAGGCCUCAGUCCGAAAUUUCGUUGCCAUAAUAUAGUGAUGUGUUUUUGUGCAAUGACAAUAAAGAAAGUCUAAGUUAACCAAAUUUUCCAACAUUCCACUAGGGGGCAACAAAAACCUAUAAACAGUGGACUGGAUGAUGGGGUGAUUCAGAAACGUGAUAUUGAGAUCUUGUAGAUUUAAAGAUGAAGGUUAAGUGUUUAUUCACUGAAAUGUGAUUUGCUCAGCAUGAACACCACCGUGGCCCCGCUUCUGUUUGCUGAUCAGUACCUCCAGUUGUCCACCACCCUGGCCUCCUCUUUGGUGUCUGGGCUUGGAGAACAUUACUCCCCUCUCAUUCUGGACCUCAACUGGACCUCCUUGACCUUUUGGAACCAAGACAUGGCACCACAUGCUGAUGUAAACCUCUAUGGCUCCCAUCCCUUCUACAUAGUUCAAGAGCAGGAUGGCCUCGUUCAGCUCAAGUAUAUAAGAGGGACAGAAGCGUUCGCUCCUGCUCCUCAUAAAUCUAAGUGAAAUAAAUGUAGGGAGUUUCCUCUACACUAUGCAAUGUAUUAGAAGCAAUUACAUCUAUAUUAAAUCUGUAAUAUCAGAUAAAAACGUUAAAAAAAUGUAAAUGUUAAAUAUAGACUAUUUUAACAACGAUUAAAAAUAUAUUUGCGCGAUAUAACCGUGUGAGCAUGCGCCGAUCAGUAAACACGAUUCGUCGCAUCUGGCAGUGACACCUAGUUCCGAGUACACUACCUCCCUCUGCCUCGCUGGUGAAGGGCCCCCUCGUGUGGUCAACUCAGUCAGCCUAUUGUUGCGGACACGGUUCUAAGACUAUAAUAGAUGUAUCAACUUCACCUUAUUAUAUUAGUGAGUAGUGUCGGCGCUUCACUGAGCGGGUUAUUUAAUUCGCCCGACCUGUUGAGAAACAGGUUCUUGACCUUACAAUGCUACACCUUCUACCGUAGUCUCUUUACUUAAUUUCGUUUAGGGACACAUGAUUAGAUCCUCAAUCCAUUCCUUAAAUGAAAUAUUACCUCAACCUUCUGAACUACCACCUUAUCAUUGACAUAAUUAUUCAGGAUGGAAUAAUGCUACCAAUUGAGACAUUCACCACAUGUGCACAGGGAAGGAAAUCGAACAUUAACUCACCUAUAACCCAGUUGAUGGUAGUACAGGAGCCAGUCGAUUCUUUAGUAGUCAGGGAUCAACGCCGUUGUGCCUUUUCAGUACUUAAUUCGUACUCAAUUUUAUUUUGUUUUUGUAUCAAAAGUAUUUCUUCAAAAAAUGAUAAAAGGAUAAUAAAAACAAUAAAAUCAAUAAACAUCAAUAAACUCAAGGGUGUCGCCAGACGCUAAUACCCAUACAUACACGUCAAAAAUCAUAUAAUCAAAAUACAUACAAUAAAAAGGAUUAAGUCAAAAAAAAAAAAUCAAUAAUCAAAUCAAUCAAUCAAUCAAUAAUAAAAAUCGUUAAGUCAACUAGCCUAAGAGCAAGAGCAAGAGCACCGUCCCAAGUUAAGGUACAAGACCUUACAGCGAACGGAUGAAGCCAAAAAGCGUGCAGCAAGAGAGACGAGGGUCAGUUUUUCCUAGACAUUUAUAGCAUCAUUGCUGGUUUCAAUAAACAAUCCCCUAAUGCGUCAUUAAUGGAUCACGUGUUCUAGUUUUCUUCAGUGGGAAGUUUUAAUCUUCAUUGGAGACGCCUCUCAUGUCUUAGGUAAUUGUUUUAGAUACAUUGAACAUUCUAGGUGUUAGUUUCAAUGUUUUGAUAAAUGUAACGUAUCUUCUAAAUGAUGACCACAAUGUUUUGUUUACGUACCUUACGUACCUUCUAAGUGUUAACCAUAAUCGCGAGCUCAGCUUCAAAAACAUGCUCUGUUUACAAGUUCACCCUAAGUUCAGAGCAUGUCUUGCUUGUAAGUUCAAAAGUGCAAAGCAUACAGGUUCAAUAAGAAUUCAAAUGUCACUUGCAGGCCUUGGUUAUAAUAUUUUCGAUUUUUCAGUAUAUACAACAGGAAAAAGUGAGAGUUUUUCAUUUUACAUUCUUGAUGAAUAGUUUACAGUCUGUUUUUUGACCCGAAUGAGAAACCCACUACUUUGUCUUGAUGUCGCAGGCUACAAGACCUCGGAAUGUGAACCCCAGGUAGAAUGUGAUGUUUUCAUUGCUGUGUGGCACUGAGCGUACAUGCAGGGGUAGAAGACUGAACUUCCUUGUUUUGGGACCAGCAAGGUAAACAACUCCAUCUUCAGUCCAACCUGACACACGCUUCAGCAUUACAGCAACUUCAGGCCUUUUCCAGACCUCUCCACUCAGCCACUUCAAGCGUCUCUCAGAGACCGAGGACACCUUUACUAAUUUUUCAAACUUCAUCUUGUGGACAAACUUGUACAGUCCUUUUCCUCUUCCCAGGUAAAAAUGUGUGUAAAUUCUUCUCUUGCGCCGUGGGAUGUCUUUCAUUUUGUUCCAGUAGUGGUUGUUGAGAUCAGCAACUGCUGACUGAAUUAUUUCAUAUUUGGCUUCUUUUUCUGUGUCCGAGUCAUGAUCAUCGGGCCAAAACAAUAAGGUCAACAAGAAAAGUGUCUCUGGUUUCCUUUCAUCAGCAGGGAAUUGUUUGCACAGUGCCUGCAGGUCUCUCAUGGAGGGUGGCUUUGUUUGGGAUGAUAGACAGUUCAGAGUGAUUUGGGCCAAGACAUAACAGACAAUAUGUUUUUGGCCAAGCUUUGCCCUCAGUGGAUCGCUUGGGUAAAGAGAAAGGAUCGUCUCCAAGAGACGCACUGCAUCUCUGUGGUCAGAUAGUUUCGAGAGUAUCGAUGUUAUGUUCCCCCCUCCAAGUUGAUAUAUGAACAUCUGCUUCUGAAAUGGGGUUAAGUUGGUUGGGAUUGGCUGUCCUGGUUUAAUUUUGAAAGAUUCACUGAAGUACUUUCCAAACUCGGAGGAGCGCUUUGUCAACCAUGACAGCGGGUGGCUGAUCUUCUCCUCGGCACUUUCAGGUGUUUCCUCUUCCUCUGCAUCAAUUUCAGUCUGGAAGUAGCUGAGAUCUUCUGAAAUCCACUCCAGUGAAUCUUGCAUGGUCUUGUGGAGUUUUUUCAGCCUGUCAUGAAAUGGUUUCCACGAUUCAGAAAUUUCCUGGGGAAUAUAGUCUGUUAACAGGUACUUCAUGCAUUCUGCGUGACCAUUGAGUGUGUUUGAAAACACAGGAAGUGACUGAAUCAGCUUCAGCAGACUGCAUCCAACCUCAACCUCAGCAAAAUACCCUGAAUUGUUCACAUGGUCCUUGUCUUCUUUAUCGGCUCUCUGACAGUCUUGAAAACACUCGAUGGCUUUUAAAGCAGUCCCCACAGCAUCUGCUAUACUGUCCACAGUUUUGGGGACAUUGUUGUUGUCCAUGGCUUUGCAUUUCGCCUGAAACCACUUUUUGUACACUUGGCCUUUUGUGUCCAGAAUGAAGGAGUUGUUGGGCUGCUGUUGUGCAGUAACUUCUGCCCAGUGUUUUGCAUCCUCAAAUUGUUCAUAAUGAUAAUGAAGGCGAGCAAGAUGCUGUGCGAUGAAUGGAUCACUAUGGAACCGCUCAAAUGCUUUCCUAAGUAAAAUAGUUGCUGGGUCUGGGCCGCCCUCAUAUUUACGAACGUCCUCAAUGAGAGGAGAGAAGAGGCUGUCGCGUUCAUCACCUUUGCUUGUUCUCAGCCGCUGAGUGAAAAGAGCCCUCAGAAAUGAAUGAUAUUCGUGCUUUCCAAAUCUGUGUUCGAAAAGCACAGUUUCCUCAAGUAGCCUCAUGGCCAACUUGCUUUGAGUCAUUUGGUCACACAACAGUUGUUCCAGAAUUUCUUUCGCCACAAGUGGAUGGAUGAUUCUGAUGGAUUCAAUGUGGGUUUUAUCGUCUCUUAGAUGUAGAAACACAAGUUUGGCCUGAUCGCUGAGCAACUUUUCAAACUUGUAUUGACGAAAUCUUUCCAUGUGAAGUCUCAAACCUAGGAAGGCUUCACAAUGUGACUGAGAGAUGUAGGAGUUUUGGACAUAUGUGUUCAGCAGUGCCACAUAAUGCAUGAGGCGGGUGACAGGAGAUGUAUGGUCAAUGUCCUGAAGUAGAUGUUUGACAAACUGUCGAAUAUACUCUUGAGAGAAUGCUUCACUCAUCAGGACAAAGGUCAGAAUGAAAUCUGGCUGAUACUGCUGCUCAAGUAUAUCUCGUUUGGCAGCAAAUUUCCUCUUCUCCUCUGCUGACAGUCUGUGAGUGACUGACACAUUUUUAAGAGGAAACUCUUUGCUUCUUCUCUCUGGAUCAUGGGACCUCCUGCAGCUCAGCAAAAUAAAACAGGGUGUUCCACUUUUAAUCUUUUUUACAUGCAUGGCAUCCACUAGCUCAUGUCUGAGGUCGUCCAGAUAUUCUUUAUCUGAGUCUUCGAUCAGGAGCAGUACAGGCAGACACCUCCGUGGAUCUUUUUCUUCGUACUGUCUCAGUUCAUCUGCGUGUUGUGCAACAUCAGUGGCGGAUUGGUCAGGUUUGAUAACUGCACAUCUCAGGGUUUUUCUUUGCUUCCACAGCAACUGCCUUGCGACCGUGCUUCCUCCACUUCCAGGAUGAUGAUUGAUGUUUAUACAGACCACAGGAUCCUGGUCAUCAUUCCAUCUCAGAUUUUCAUUAAGUAGUUUGGAAACAACCUCAUAUGCAUCUCUUUCAAUCACCUCUCCCACAUGUUUGUGGUCAGCAAGCCAGAAAUUCAUCCACGUCACUCGCCCUCCUCUGUAAAACUGCUGCUCAAUGUUCUCCUUUUCCUCGUGGAUGAAGUCAGUGCUUGUGUCAUCACAAUGAUUCACUAAAAGAACUUCCAAAGAACACAUUCUUUCCUCUUGCUGUGCUUCCAGUGUACAAGUCCCAUUUACAACAGGUAAUAGUUUGGCAACACCUGCUCUAACAGGCUGCACCUGCUGCAAUAUUGCAUCAACGUGGCUCAUUUUCAGACCAACAACACUGUUGGUGUCCACAGCGUCUUUUGUGCAGAAAACCUCAGCAAAUGCCUGCCACUUUGAGAAGGUUUCCUCAGAUUCACAGAUGCAGAUGAUGUCUUCAUGACCUUUCAUGUCUGCGUAGAAUGCCUGGAAGGUAUGCAAUAGUGGUAUCUCAACUGCGGAUGUGAGGAGGAAAAUCACUUGGAAUGCUCCUUUAGGAAAAAUUUGUUUGCAUAUCAGGGAAACUGGUUCUUGGAGGAGAGUCAUUUUUGUUCUGAACCAAGUAAUUCCAUCACAUGAAAUUUGAUCACCAUCAAAGUCAGAACGACCAUUUGGAAAAAUCCAGCUUGUUUGGUCAAAAAGGUUCAAACGAAUCUCAAGUUCUUUCACGGUCAUGUCGGUUGGUUUUCUAUAGCUCUCCAACGAAUGCAUGUUUGCAAUAUGAUGUUGAAGGAAUCUGCUGCACAGACCUGAGACCUUUGAGUCUGGGUCGAAGUCAAAUACACAAAAGAUGUUGAGGUUUAGCAACCAGUCGAUAUUGCUGAGGUCAGCAGGUGAGAGUUUGUUUGUCACCAAAAUAAACCAUUUGGCUUUAUCAAUGAAUUUCUUUCCACCUGUCAUCAGCAUUGUAAGUUUCCUUCCAAGGUCCUUGCAUAGAGCUGGAGCACAGUAGAAAUUAUUUUUUUCCGCCUCAUCUCUUUGUGCAUCUCGAUCGUUGACCCGCUCGUAGAAGACCUUGAUGUCAGUGUCAGUCACUGGUUCAGUUUUUGAGCCCACCCUUCGAUAGAUCACAUCUUUCUCCAUUUGUACUUUAUUGCUGGACUCGUUGAACUUGGGCAAACUAACAGAAUACACUUUGCUCUUGACAAUACUACUUAGAGGCACAAUGUCGACCUCCACAAUGUACCUCUUCUCUGGGCUUUCACGAUCCAUCACCUCUAUGAACCUUGGUGGCCGCACACAUUGGCGAAUGUGAUCCUUAUCCGAAGAGAAACUCCUCUCAAUGUAGUUCAAGGCAUCUACAUAUACGUCCUUGUCGCUAAUGGGAACACCUAUUAUCUCACCGUGCACAUAUCCUGAAUCCUCCCUGCUGUCCAUCACGCCAAAGUGUAUUGUUCCGUUUGUCCUGAUAUUCAUGCAGCCAGUUGCAAAUUUAAGAACCUCGUAGGCAAACUUUGCUUGGAGUCUGGUGCGGUCCAGGGUGGCCGCCACAGCAAAAGACUUGUAUUCAUGGCAGGGAACUAUCAGGUCAAAAGCCCCAGAUUCUGGCAGCAGGACUCGAUUCUUCACAUAAAUGAAAUCAAGUGCAUCCUGAUCAAAUGGUCGCGGUUUGCAUUCCUCUUUAAAGUUACUUUUGCCCACAGUACUCUCUAGUAUCAUCGGACCCUGGAUAGGAUCCUGACCCACUUCCGCUUGGCGUGUUGUCGGUGGAGCUUUUGGUGAUUUAGUUUUCUUAGUUUUCUUUUUCACAUCAACUUGCUUGUCACUGGCAGAGUUUCCUUCGAGCUUCACCCUUUGACGGUCGAUGAGCUCGUUUCUCUUUGUUAUAAUUAAAAAAGCAGGCCCAUGUGCCAGGCAAAUCUUAGUUGACAAGAAGUCUGCAUCCAGAUGAAGAAGGACUUUUCCAUCUACUUCCUCAUUAUACAUUUUCUCCACGUUCUUCUCCUUUAAUCCGAUAGAUCUCAGCCAGUCCCUGACUUGGUCUUCGGUCCAGUUUUCAAGAGGCGUCUGCUCUUGUUCAGCUGUAAGGUGAGACAAGACCACAAUUAUAUCAUGAAUUGCGAAUCACAUGUGACUACAUACAGAGCAGAUAACUCCCAGUGUAAGGGAGCCCUAUGUUGCUAAAGCACUGGGGAUAAACCCAACUUGGAUUUGACUUCUCAACGAGAAGUUUAUUCAUUUUGGAUUUAUUCCCACUGUUUGUGUGUUAUGUAGUAGGAUGUCAGAUUCCAUUAUCUCAUUGCUCAAUUUUCAAAUGUGGCUCAUCCACAACAUGGAUCUCAUCACGAAGGAGAAAAAAAUGAUGACCGUUUUCAGUGUUUUUUUCUUUAAAAUAGUAGAUCGUGUUAACUAGCGUAUUUUCCGAACUAUAAGACGCGACUUUUCUUGUCACGGUUAGCGACUUAACUGACGGUGACGGUGUGGCUCAUGUAUAGAGUUUGCUUCAUACCGCCAAUGCGUUUUUGCCUGGUCACAGCGGACUAAUGAAAUUACCAAACAGGUCACAGUGGGCCAAUCAAACAAAUCAAAUUGACGUGCACUAAAUUCUUCAGGUCAGUUAUUCUGCGCUUCAUGCACAUACCCUAUUCAUGGAGAAUCCACGCAGACAUGCAUACGACGCAGCUUUUAAGUUAAAAGCAAUCGAUCUAGCUGUCGGAGAAGGAACUAGAGCUGCUGCACGUAAGCUUGGCCUAAACGAAUCCAUGGUGAGACGUUGGAGACGACAGUGCAAAGAACUGACUCAAUGCAAAAAGACGACAAAAGCUCUCAGAGGUAAUAAAUGCACAUGGCCCAAACUUGAAACCGUUCUUGAAGACUUGGUACUUUCACAGCGAGCAGACGGACGAGGCGUUUCCACCGUGCAGAUCAGAAUGAAAGCCAAAACAAUAGCCACUGAAAAGAAGAUAGCAAGUUUUAAAGGUGGACCACCGUGGUGUCUCAGAUUUAUGAGGUGAAAAGGCUUGUCUAUCAGGGCACGGACUACUUUGUGUCAGCAAGUCCCCCCCGACUACGAGGAAAAACCUAGCAACUUCCACAAAUUCAUUCAAACAAUGAUAGCGGAUAAUUCCAUCGGACCAGCCGACAUCAUAAAUAUGGACGAAGUACCUUUGACAUUCGACUGUUAGCAAGGAAGGUGAAUUGUCCGUCACGCUGAAAACAACCAGCCAUGAGAGAACGCACUUCACUUGUGUUCUGAGCUGCACGGCAUCUGGACAAAAGCUUCCACCCAUGGUGAUUUUUAGUGCUACGCCAAGCGUCCGGGAGGAGAAAAAAAAGCACUGCUCGUUUUGGACAGCAUGAGUGUUCAUAUAACAGAUUCUCUGAAAGCGGCCAUCAAAAGGACAAACUUAAUUCCUGCUGUGAUUCCUGGAGGAACAACGAAGUUAUUGCCGCCGGUGGACAAUAGUGUGAAUCGUGCAUUUAAAGCAGCACUCCGAGUUGAGUGGGAGACGCGGAUGAGGAGCGGCGAGAAAUCAUUCACUAAAACUGGCCGCAUGCGAACAGACACUUUUGCCGAAUGAACAGCAUGGAGUCUAGGGCUGAACGAUUAAUUGCAUUUGCGCAAUAUGAUAAAACUUGAUUUUCUAACCGUAAGGCUGCGAUUUGACUGGUCACGUGACUUUCACGUUGGUGACGCAGCGCAACGGUGAGCUUUAGCCAUUGAGCUGUAAAUGACGGCUUUAGCUUAUGAAGGUAAAAUGGGUGCAAAAGUGGCACAUACCCGUAACACAAGACUCGUAUCCAUGCGUCAGAGGCACAUACGCGUAACUGCACAUUUGCAUCCGUAAACCCCGUGGUACGUGCGUGUAAAAAGAUUUACAUUCAUACAAACACGAAAAGUAAUUUCACCUUCAUUUUCUAAGUGCACAGAUACAAGUGGCUAAACACGAGCUCUUGAAACUGCAAUUGUGACACCACCGCCAAAACGGGUGCAUAAGUUCCACAUACUCGUAGAACACGAUCCGUAUGCAUGUGCACCCUUUUGCACCUCUUCUCGCUGCACCUGUAAAUAAAACUGAUGCGCACUCGUUGAAGUGGCGGCAAUACGUGCCUGUUACUCCAUGCGCGUUCCCGGUAGUCACGUGACGUCUAUUGUCCAAUCGGCUUUUUUUUAUUACUAAUUAUGGGCUGUUUAUGUUCAGACAAUGCUUAAAAAGUGCAAUCUACGUUUACAUGAAGAGUUGGACGUGUUAGAUAUAACAAGGUAUAUUGGUUUGCAUUAUUUUUGUAAUAUGCACUUUAGUUUGUGUGAAUCAUCAGUUUAUUAAGUCUACAGUUGAAACUGAAGUAGACAAAUAAACCAUCUUUCAUUUUAAUUCAUGCUUCAUUUGCCUUUAUCUUAACAUAAGAAUAGCCUAUAAGGAAGAACAAUUAUAUAUACUGAAUCACAUAUGGUUUAUUAUAAUACAGAUUGAUUUAUUAGUUGUGUUUGCUGUAAAAUACAUGAGAAGAGGACCUUGACAAAUAAUCGCGCAUUUAAUCGCAAUCGCAAUAUUGAGAGAAAAAAAUCGCAAUUAGAUUAUUUUCCAAAACCGUUCAGCCCUAAUGGAGUCGCGUCAAAAAAUCCACGAUUACCAACAGGUUUCGAAAGGCUGGACUGCUGCUUGGUGAAGAGGACAACACAAGCUCAAGCGCAAAUUUGCCUCGAGACAAAAGCGAUGUUGAGAGCGACAACGAAAGAGAGACUGACAACGUGUGUGACGAACAAAUUCUGAGACUGUUCAAUUCCGACACAGAAGAAGACGACUUCAGCGGUUUUAGUGCGCAGGAGGAAGGUGAAGAUGAUGAUCACUGACUUUUAAUAAACCACAUUACUGCUGUGUUACUGCACUGUGAAUGCCGUGUUACUGCAUUAUUACUGUUUACUGCACUUAUUUAAUAAAAAGUUUAGAAAAAAACCUGUGUAAAUGUCUCUUGACACCUGCAGCAUAUAUACAUGUAAGGACAUAACUUCUUUUCAUCUUAAAUUUAGUGGCUGCGGUUUAUAGUCAGGUGUGCUCAAUAGUCUGGAAAUUACAGUACCAGCAUAAUAUAUUGUACUAACCCUGCUCUACCUAACCUGAACUGAACUCCUUUCCUUUACAUAGAGAACUGCAGCAUCAAGUUACACUUCUGUUCACUUCCCUACAUGCAGGCUUAGCUGAGCUAUUAACCACAUUAUACGGAUAGUCGAGUCUAGAGAGGUUGAUAUUGUUGGGGUUUAGAGGUCCGAACUUAGACAAACUAAAGCAAAAAAAUGUUUUUCUCGGCUGUCAUGUAACCAUGCUCAUUUACACAAGUACACACACCGUGUGCUUGUGAAAGAGAGGAAAUGGCUGGUGUAGGUGUUUGCUCUCUGACACACCCAAAGGUUUCAUGAAAUCAGUGUCACCCAGUCGCAGCAAAUGUGAAAACUGCAAAAGAAAAUGGCACCAAAAUUUAAUUCACAUCAGUCAAAUAAAUAUUUAUCCACAGAAAACAACGGUGUGAGUAUGCAAGUUGCUUUCAGCCAUGUAUCUGAGUUUAUCAUUUUCUAUUGAAAAUGAAACUUUUUGAGGUUUGUGAUUGAGGCAUGGUGUGGAUACUGAACUCCUUUUUUUAUUUCUAAUAACCCAUUGUAUAGUUUACGAGAUUAAACAAUACAUUAACAAAAGUUCUGCUUACCCAUGAUGGUUACUCCUUAUUUUAGAGGGCUGUCUGUUGAACUGUCCUCACGUUCAUUCUGCAAACAAAGUAGUCGUUUUUGUUUGAUCCAGGUAGGAGUUUCAUGCAGCUGUUCUAAAGCUCAUAUUUAAUGAAUUUGAAUAUAAAAUAAAAAUCACUGCUUACCCAUAGCAUAAGCUUCCGGACCACAGAGUUGUUUUGUAGGUUCCUCACAAUCCUUCUGCAAAGAAAGUAAUGUCUUUUUUUCAUCCUUUUUUUUCAUUGUGCUAUCAUCAAAUUAUUCAUUCGUACACAGGUAUUCAUCUGGAUGUAAGUGGGCUGGACUAACCAAAAAAGCUUUUUAGUGAACUAGGUUCAUGUGAGUUUUUUUAAUGCUAUUUCUCCACUGUUAGUGUCGUCGAACCUUCCAGAAAACGCGUCGUUACUGGAUUACUUCCAAGUUAGACCACCUCCUCGCAUCCCGCCUUUCAUGCGAAACGUCCCCACUGUAACAGGUAUACGAGCUGUUAUUAUAAAAUGCCUGACACUUAAAAUGCCUGUCCUGUGCUAUAUAACUUGGAUUUGAGCUUUCACUUACCUUAAAACUGAAGGGUGGAACCCGAGUUCGCAGCCGAGACCGACGGAGCCCCUGCGCAACUCCUGAGUUUCGUUUUUGGUGAACAUCGCCUCUGACGCACUCGCAGACGGGCUGGGGUGUUGGGGCGACUUCCUUGUAAAUUCGAGUUGCACACCUCAGUAUAUUUAUGUGUUGCGUCAUUUUUGUUGUAUUUUUUACCCUCUAAAAUAUGCAAAAACGGAUAAAAAAAAAGACUCAAGCGCAACCAUUCACGCUUCCCUUUCCCUCUGCGUUUUAUUAAAAUAGCAGAUGUACUUUGACGGAUAAUACGAAUUAAAUGGUUACUUUCGUUCGAGAGAGAAUGUUUAUAUUCAUGGACCCCAAAUUCUCGUCGCUGCGGUGACACAGUACCUUUAUUUUGAAAGGAGCUUGAGAGACACAGGAAUGUAUCAGCUGUCCAGUUCCGGAAGUCAGUUUCUGUGCUGUUGUUGUUUUGUGUAAUAAAACUGCCAUAUUGAUCCGCAUCGGUUAAAUAUGCGGUUAUUGUCGGUGACGUUUAACUGGUCAUUCAUGUAAGUAGUGCGAUGACCACCGAACGAUUUGUUGCAAUUCACAAAACGUUCCGAUGACGCUACACUGUUUGACAUGAUACGCUUUUAACGCAGCUAUUUGAAGUAUUUUGGGCGAGACACACGGUUACAAACAAUACUACCAAUAAUGGAUUACAGAAAAAGCAGAGGUGCCUUCCAAGUAUUUUGGUUUGACGUUUUUGUCAGUCAAUUUUGAGGAAGUUAUUGAUUUAAAAAUGCCACAUCUGUCCGACCUGUUUGCAGCUUCCCUCCUCCUCCUCACCUCUUUCGUUGCGUGUUUCUACUUAAGUCACAUUAUAAAUGGAGAAACCAGCUGGAUCAAUGAGGUCAGGUUUGAGAGAAGGGCUUCGCACAUCAGAAGUAUACAAACAGAAAAGCUAAUCCAGAAAAAGACACUUGGUGAUACCCGAUGCAUGCUGGCGAUAGAGAGUCGGUUUGACUGUGGCCGUGACAAGGUCCUCAGUCAGAGCCAGUGUGAAGAGCGAGGUUGUUGCUAUGCACCCCUGGACAGCACCUCAGGACCGCCAUGGUGUUUCUACCCCCAUGGCUAUGCUGGCUAUAAAAUGGGCCCCUUUACACCCUCAAAACGGGGUCAGGCUGCCACCCUCACCCGCGACAGCCCAUCGUAUCUCCCUAAAGACAUCUCUACUCUUCGCCUAGAAGUCAGAGAGGAGACCCCGGCCUGUUUGCACCUCACUAUGAAAGACCCCUCAUCUCAGAGGUAUGAGGUUCGGCUACCUGCUGGUGUUCAGCCACCCAAAAAAGUUUCCCAAACAGCUCUUUAUUCUGCUGAAUAUCAGCCUGAUCCAUUUGGUUUUACCGUGCGACGCAGAGCCAAUGGAAGAGUCCUCAUGAACACCACCGUGGCCCCGCUUCUGUUUGCUGAUCAGUACCUCCAGUUGUCCACCACCCUGGCCUCCUCUUUGGUGUCUGGGCUUGGAGAACAUUACUCCCCUCUCAUUCUGGACCUCAACUGGACCUCCUUGACCUUUUGGAACCAAGACAUGGCACCACAUGCUGAUGUAAACCUCUAUGGCUCCCAUCCCUUCUACAUAGUUCAAGAGCAGGAUGGCCUCGCACAUGGGGUGUUCCUUCUGAGCAGUAAUGCCAUUGAGAUACUGCUGCAGCCUACUCCUGCUCUCACCUGGGUGUCCACCGGUGGAAUUCUGGACUUGUAUGUCUUCCUGGGUCCUGAUCCGAAGAGUGUGAUUCAGCAGUAUCUUCAAGUCAUCGGCUUUCCCAUGAUGCCUCCUUACUGGUCCUUGGGCUUCCAUUUGUGUCGAUGGGGUUACAAAACAACGAAUGCAACACGGCAGGUCGCACAACAGAUGCACGAUGCCAACUUCCCCAUGGACGUGCAGUGGAAUGAUCUCGACUAUGCAGACAAGCGACGUGUAUUUACCUAUGACCCCUUGCGUUUUGGAGAUCUUGCAGAGAUGGUCGCAGAGUUCCAUGGGAGGGGUCUGAAAUACAUCCUUAUUUUGGAUCCUGGUAUCAGCAGCACCAGUCCUCCAGGAACUUACGCGCCGUUUGAUGACGGACUGAAACGAGACGUCUUCAUCAAAGAUGCUUCAGGAUCCGUUCUCAUCGGAAAGCUCUGGCCCGGACCCACGGCCUUUCCGGACUUCACCAACCUGGAAACCCAGAUGUGGUGGGAAGACUGCAUCAGAGAUUUCCUUUCAAAAGUUCCAGUGGACGGUUUGUGGAUUGAUAUGAAUGAACCAUCCAGCUUUGUUCAAGGCUCUGUGAACGGAUGCCCGGACACUGACUUGGAGAAGCCCCCUUACACACCCAGGGUCGUUGGUGGGCAGUUGAACUACGGAACUCUCUGCAUGUCUGCUCAGCACAAUGUGUCCACUCACUAUAAUUUGCACAACAUGUACGGCUUGAUGGAGGCCUACGCCACCCACAGCGCUCUCACAAAGGUGAGAGGUAAAAGACCCUUUGUGCUUUCGCGGUCCUCCUUCCCUGGGAUCGGGCGCUUCUCUGGAGUUUGGACCGGUGACGUCAGAAGCGAUUGGGAGCAGCUUCGAUUCUCAAUCCCUGGGGUGCUGCAGUUCAGCCUGUUCGGGGUUCCCCUAGUUGGGGCUGACGUCUGCGGCUUUGAAGGAAACACCACCGAGGAGCUGUGUGUGAGGUGGAUGCAGCUUGGUGCCUUUUAUCCUUUCAUGAGGAACCACAACGACCAACUAUACGCUCCCCAGGAGCCCUUUGUUUUUGGACAGGCCGCCCAAGAAGCCAUGCGUGGCGCCCUGAACCUUCGCUACACACUUCUUCCGUUCCUUUACACACUCUUCUAUCAUUCACACACCUCUGGGGAGACGGUGGCCAGACCUCUCUUCGUGGAAUUCCCCAGUGACCCUGACUGUCAAACCAUUGAUACUCAGUUCCUCUGGGGUGGUUCACUUCUCAUCAGUCCAGCUUUACAGCAAGGAGCAACAGAGAUCAGCGCGUACCUUCCCCCUUCCAUUUGGUACAGCCUGCACGACGGUCGGUCAUUUUACAGUAAGGGUCAGAAGGUCCUUCUGCCUGCUCCUCUGGACGUCAUCAAUGUUCAUAUUAGGGAGGGAGCCAUCAUCCCUCAGCAGGAACCUGCCCUGACAACAGCAGUCUCACGCAGAAACCCCAUGUUGUUGACGGUGGCUCUUUCAGCUGAUGGCCGGGCCUGGGGAGACCUGUUCUGGGACGAUGGAGAGAGUCUCUACACUGUCGAGAACGAUGACUAUUCCUAUCUAGUCUUCACAGCAGGACUGUCUCAGAUUAUGAGUCUUCCUGUUCGGGUGAAUGGGGCUCUGGAUGGGGUGGUGUUGGGGGGACUGCAGGUAUUUGGAGUGCCUUCGCAACCUUGCUGUGUGUCAGCCAAUGGAGAGACAGUUUCGAACUUCACAUACCGGUUUGACACUAAGGUUUUGAACGUGAAUAGCCUCGCCUUGCCCAUGUCCCGUGUGAUCAAGAUCCAGUGGAUUAUCUAAUGCAGGGAGUUGAUGUUUGCUGUACUACAUUAGUACCUUUUGUGUUUCUCAGCUUUGUAUUUUAAUAAUAAAAAUAAAUGUCCAGAAUGUCGAUACCACUUUCUGAGGGAUGAUCUGUCGCUCACUGGAUGCCCAGAUAUAGCCGGUGCUUCCCUGCCAACUCUUGGAGGAGGACACCACCAGAAUAGACCCGGUAUCAGAUGAACAGAAGAUGUCUGGCUCUGAUGUUUCUUGGUUGUGGCUUGUUAAAAGGACUGUUGCCCCUGCAGUUCAGCAAGAAUGUAUUCUCAAAUAAAACAUGU